AUGUCGCAGUCAACCCCCACCGCGGUCACAAAACGCAAGGUGAUGGGUCGCAUGGACGCUGGUCCUUCCGAACCUCCCUCCAGCUCUGUCACACCCAGCGCGCGUCCACGUAUCGUCAGAGCACAGCAUGGCUAUUCGUCACCCUCCCUUUCCAACCAAGUCACUCCUACUGCUGCUCGCCCUACGCCCGGUACAGGUCGCGCACGCGUCGACAUGUCUGCUUUUGCGAGUCCCUCAUCCAGUCCCGCCAUGUCUCCUUCCCUAUCUGCCAGACCUAUGUCUGCCUCCUCCUCAACCUCAACCACCAUUACAGCUCGACUGUCGGCACAGUCUCCCACCGUACGCUCGACUCCCACCUUUCAUGGCAGGUCAGGCUCUACUGUCGGUGUCAGCACUUCUUCUUACAAACUCGGCGAAGCCAGGGUCGACGGGGCCGUUGAUCUACGAUCACCAAAGAUCCGAGCACGGAAUGGGAGUGUCGACUUUGGCGCUGCUUCCCCUUCCGUCGCAUCGCCUAGUGCGAGGGCAUCGGCAACCUCGCAGCUAGCACCAUCCGCCUCACUCAGGUCACCACUACCUCGUGCUGACCAAUCACCAUUCCAGAAGCCAUCCACUCCCUCAACGUCCACUCGACCAGCUGCAACACUACCGCCCCGUGCUCACCUUUCGCCACAGCGCACUCAAGAGACGAUCGAUCGCGCUGCUACUCUGUCCAGAAACAGGGCUCCUUCACCCAACCCAUCAGCAGCAUCCCAAGCCUUCGCUUCGGCCGCCUCCGCCCAACAGACCAGCCCAGCAAAGCCGCGACCUUUCACUCACAACUCCGAGCCCAUCCUCUCGGCUCGCCAAAUGUCAAUACCUGUCUCUGCGUCCGCCAUUGCCAAGCCCGCGGAGCCGAUAAGGGAUCUCAACUCGAGCUGUGGCUCCGCUGCUCUUCCAGAAGAUCAGUCAAUCUAUUCGAUUUCCCCGAGCGAUCCACACGACUUCCCCAAUACAGACGCUGCCACCCGCCUCGAGCCGGGCUCAGCAAUGACCACCGGUCGAGCCGGCCUACGUCCUACGCCUGCGUUGCAGAGAGCGGCCUUGCCUCCUAGCUUCAUGGACCUCGCCGCUGCAGUAAAACCCUUGAGUCCAAGUACAGAGCAUCGUAAUAGCUUCGGGUCCAGCGCCCUUUCCGCGGUCUCCGCUGCUCAACCCCUCUCACCCUCAUCCGAGGCGCCACGCUCCCCCAGCGAGGUUGGCGAAGCCGAAGAGGCACGUGUUCAUCGCAAACUACUCGACCUCGAGAUCACCAACAAGUCUCUCAUGGCUAUCAACUCGGCUCUUGAAGUCACCAAAUUGAAGCAGGCCAAGGAGAUACGCGAGCUCAAGAGGCGUCUUAGAGACGGCAGAGGCCUACCCGCAGUAGCAGGCCCUCGCGAAUCUGCGGGAAGUACAGUGUUUAGCGACGAGUGUGAUCUGACCGAAAGCGAGGAUGACGAUGAUCUCCUAGUAAAAGAGGAUCCCGAACUCGAAGCUGCCCAUCAGCGCUGCAAGGACCUCGUCGAUCACAUGGUCGAACAAGCACGUAAGGCCAUCCUAGCAGAGUACGACGAGCCCGAAAACAGCGGCGGCAAGGUCUUACACCCCGCUGAGCUCGAAGAGAUGCAGCGAGAGUUGGACGACGAGGGCAACGAUACUGAGGCCGACACUACCGCCGCUACAGACCUAUUGGACACCUCUAUGACCUUCGAUGGCUCCUCUGCAGACAUCAGCAAAGAUGAUCUCCUGCCACCGAGCUCCUCUCUCAAGUUUUCCCAGAAGAAUCUAGCGGAUAGCUCAUCCGCUUCUUCCCCAAUGAUCGCCGCGAGCAACUCGGUCCAAGGCGUGAGCUCGGAAACAAAAGCACUCUCUCACGUUGGCUUGCAUCCGGAUUCCGCCUACGGCAGCAAUCCACCUCUUCACGGAGAUGUUUCCAUCGAUUGA